CUCAUAGGCGAAACUUCUGCGGCGCGCGGUUUCUCUUCUGAGGUCCUAUCUGCACUCUCUGAAACACUAGGAUUUUCGAGCUCUUGUUUCGGAGUUAACAUAACCAUGGCCGCCACAACCAACGCCGCUGCUCCGCCGCGCCAGCUCUCUCCAAAGGAAACCGACAUCCAGAUGAUGUUGGCAGCCGACGUUCACCUCGGCACCAAAAACUGUGAUUUUCAAAUGGAGCGCUACAUCUUCAAGCGCCGCAACGACGGUAUUUACAUUAUCAACCUUGGUAAGACAUGGGAGAAGCUUCAACUUGCUGCUAGGGUUAUCGUUGCAAUUGAGAACCCUCAGGAUAUUAUUGUGCAAUCUGCUCGCCCUUAUGGUCAGAGAGCGGUUCUCAAGUUUGCUCAGUACACUGGUGCUCAUGCCAUUGCUGGAAGGCAUACUCCUGGUACCUUUACCAAUCAGCUCCAAACCUCUUUUAGCGAGCCUCGCCUCCUUAUCCUUACGGAUCCCAGAACAGAUCAUCAGCCCAUUAAGGAAGGUGCUCUUGGAAACAUUCCAACCAUUGCUUUCUGUGACACUGACUCACCCAUGAGGUAUGUGGACAUUGGGAUUCCUGCCAACAACAAGGGCAAACACAGCAUUGGGUGUCUCUUUUGGCUUCUUGCCAGGAUGGUGUUGCAAAUGAGGGGUACCAUUCGUCCUGGCCUCAAAUGGGAUGUUAUGGUGGACUUGUUCUUCUAUAGAGAACCAGAGGAGGCUAAGCAACAAGAGGAGGAGGAAGCUCCUGCUGGUGAUUAUGCCAUCACUGACUAUAAUCCUGGUGCUAUUGCUGCUGAUGGCCAGUGGCCCGGUACAAUUGAUCAAUCGUGGACAGAUGCAGUUCCACAACCUAUUCCCGCUGUACCUGGCGUCAACUGGGGAGCACCAGCCUCUACCGAUGCACCCGAAAUUGCAGCUGCAGGAGAUUGGGGCGAGGCUGUUCCACCACCACAACAAAUCCCUCUUCCUCCUUCCGGAGUUGAAUCUGUCCAAGCAAGUGGCUGGGAUUAAAUUAUUGUUUUUGAUGCUAUGAUUUUGCCCCGUCUUGCAAUUUAGUUUACUCUUUGGAAGUAAAAUAUGGAUCAGUUUUUUUGUAGAAAGGAACUUGUUUUUUGGUUUGAGUGUCAGAAAUAUUAUUAUUAACAAACAUGGUUCUUGAAUGUUAGGUAAUAUGAUGUUUUUGGAACUUCGUUACCCUUAAUUUAUAUUGAGUAUUUCGAAUA